AUGGAUCUUGACAAAGUUUUGGUACUGCUUUCUCUACGAGAGAAUCUAGUUCAUGCUCAUAGUGAUGACGACGACGCCAUGGAUAUAGACAGUGACGUUGAAUGGACCAGAAGCGUACCGCAGACAGAUAGACACGCCAGCGAGAAGGUUGAUCUGGCAGAAGAUCAGAUCAGUAUUGACAUGGAAAAAGAGGAGGACGUUCAACCUGAGGAGUACAGUUCAGACACUGAGGAUAACUCGGAACGACUGCUUGUGGUGAGUCUUUUCAGUCCCACAAGACUAGGUGCACGGUUCGCUAUCAACAACCGUAACGAACGCAUAGAACACGAAGAACUAGAACACAUAUCCAAGCUGCUGUCGCCAGCACCGUUUAUCCAAGAAAAUCACAAAAGCACGUUUAGCACAGCUCGAGGCUCUGAUUUGUACUAUAACCCACGGUACACUGUUCAGGAACCCGAGGACAACCAACCCAACCAGCGGCCUUUCGUCCCAUUCCCCGUGCAAGUGCACCACCAUCACUACUACAACGGUAUGGGAGACGCCUUGGCAGGGACCGAACCUCGGGUACGGUACCGCAGCCAUGGUCACGAAGUGGUUGGAGCCCAAGAACCGUUGCAAGUCCAAGAACUUCCACAACCUAAAGAGUCCAUUGUGCGUAGCCAGCUCCCUUUGCCAUGGGACGCCACUUCGUCACCCGCCGAGGAAAGAGCCUACAUGUUAUCGCUGUACCUCCAACUUGCCAUCAACCUGGUGGUUCUGGCAUACGCAUUACAUCUCGUGUGGUCUGUUGUUGCAGCCAUACGCAAAGACGUCGCACAUAAGCUUUCGCGGCAUGCCAAUAACCUCUUGGUAGAAAUCGCCCUGUGUGAGCGCAGCUACCGAGAAAACCAUUGCUCUCCGGAUGAAAUAGUUCCAGCGUUAGAGAAGAUGUGUGCUUAUUGGGAGCAGUGUAUGCUUCAGGACCCUGAUCGCGGUGGAAACGUGAGUCUGCUCGGAGCGCAGACUAUCGGCAUGGUGAUCACCUCACUAGUGGAACCGUUGAGUCUCAAAACCCUCGCAGUGUUUGCCUGCGCCAUCUUGUUGGUUUAUGUGUACAAUUUCGGUUUCGGUUACGUUCGAGCCCGAACUUACUAUGGGUCGUAA